AUGAAAAAGGAGAAGAAAGAUAGGGAGAGGCAGGAAAGAGAGAUGGGGGAGAAGACGGGACAGGAGGAGGAGGAGAGGAAUCAGACAGCGGGGGAGAAGACGGGACAGGAGGAGGAGGAGAGGAAGCAGACAGAGGAGGGGGAUGUCAAUCAUAGGACAGAGAAGGAAGAGGUGGUUAAGAAGAGAAAGGAGACAGAGGCGGAGAGGAAGCAGAAGGCGGAGAGAAAGAGAGCGAAGGAGAGUAGAAGGAAGCAGAGGAGAAGGGCAGAGGAAGAGGCGGAGGUAGAAAGAAAGAAGGAAGAGGCUAGAAAGAAAGGAGCGGAAAAAGGAGAGGAAAGAAGCAAGGAAAGAGAUAGCGCGGAAGAAUGGAAACCAACGAAGGCGGAAAAGAAAGAAUAUAUAGAGGAGCUAGAAGAGGACAGGAAUGAAUCGGAAGAGCUAGAAGAUGAUGAUGAUGACGGUCAGAUGGAGGUCCAGGACGUUGUGGAACGUCCGGCAGAGGGCACGCGGCAUAGGCCCAAGCGCGAGUGUCCGAUGCCGGACUGCGACAAGGUGCUGGAGAAUAUUCCUCGGCACCUUCGUCAGUUCCACAACAUGACCGCGGUCGAGGCAGCCAACCAAGUCUCCCUCCAGGGGUACCAGAGAAAUGGAAGGACGGCACCAAAACUAGGCUGUCCCCUGGAGGGAUGCAGCUCCUCGACCACGAGACUGGAUCUCCACCUGACCAGGAUCCAUUCAUUUGGGAAGGAGUCGGAUGAGUUCAGAGAGGCAAUGAAGGAGGCCAGGACGCCUGGGGUGAGGGAGGUCGACAAGACCUCCUUGGGCCAAGCCCUGCGGGAGUAUGCGCGACACAGCCGCAACCGGAUCACCGGUCGACGACAGUCAGCAAACACAGCGGCAGCUCACGAGACCGGGAUCCGGACCAUGCUCCCGCAGGGCCUUUCGAAAGCCACCGUCCUUGACCUGAAGGGCAUAGGCGAGGACGGUGGCUUGAUUGAUACUCUUCUCAGAAGUCUGAAACCGAAGACGGUGAAGAUCUACCUCUGUUCUUUGGGGAAAUUCGUGGAGUUUCUAUCCGCAUCCUUCAACUGGCAGCGCCAUGAAAGCAGAAAUUAA